AUGGGCAGCAGAUUGAUGUGGCUGCCGCUUCUGUUAUCAGUGGCGUUUUCUGCCGCGCAGGACGCAAAUGAGGAUAUCCCGGAGGGCGCAUCCACCUUGGCGUUCGUCUUUGAUGUGACCGGAUCGAUGUACGAUGACUUGGUCCAGGUUAUUGAGGGCGCGUCCAAGAUUUUGGAGACGUCCCUGAGCAGACCGAAGAGACCUUUGUACAACUUUGCCCUGGUGCCCUUCCAUGACCCAGAGAUUGGACCGGUAACAAUCACAACAGACCCAAUGAAGUUCCAGAAUGAGCUGAGAGAGCUGUACGUUCAGGGAGGUGGUGACUGUCCAGAGAUGAGUAUUGGUGCCAUAAAGAUUGCUUUGGAGAUCUCUUUGCCAGGUUCCUUCAUUUACGUCUUCACAGAUGCCCGUUCUAAAGAUUACAAGCUGACCCACGACGUCUUGCAGCUCAUUCAACAGAAACAAUCACAGGUGGUGUUUGUGUUGACUGGCGACUGCGAUGAUAGGACCCACAUUGGUUACAAGGCAUAUGAGGAGAUUGCAUCUACAAGCUCUGGCCAAGUCUUCCAUCUAGACAAGAAACAGGUCAAUGAGGUUCUUAAAUGGGUAGAGGAGGCGGUGCAGUCCUCGAAAGUCCAUCUGUUGUCCACUGACCAUUUCAGUCAGGUCAGCAACACUUGGCAGAUGCCCUUUGACCCCAGCCUAAAGGAAGUUACUGUGGCUCUUAGCGGCCCAGCACCUGACAUCGAGAUUAAAACCCCCCAGGGGAAGCUUAUGGGGAACAAUGAUGGCCUGACCGAGCUCUUGCACAUUCCCAACUCUGCCAAGGUGGUCAACAUCAAGGACCCACAACCAGGGAUGUGGUCUAUCAAGGCUUCUAGUAAAGGAAGACACUCAGUUCGAAUCACAGGUCUCAGCACCAUUGACUUCCGAGCUGGGUUUUCCAGAAAACCCACGCUGGAUUUCAAAAUGACAUCCAGUAGACCAGUUCAAGGUAUUCCCACUCACAUCCUUCUGAACACCACUGGACUUUCCCCUCCUGCUCGGCCUGACAGGUUAGAGCUCCUCACAAUAACAGGUGAAGUUAUUAAGACUUUGCCGAUCCGUUACUACCCUGAGCGUCAGCCGUACAACCUCUGGAACAUCACAGAGUUCAUCCCACCCAACGACGCUUUCUUCCUGCGGGUGACAGGAUACGACAGAGAUGGCUUUCUUUUCCAGAGGGUCUCCAGUGUUUCUUUCUCUAGUAUUACACCCAAUGCACCUAAAGUGGUGAUGCCAGCCACUACUAAUGGUUACUACCUCCAAAGAGGGGCUAUCGGAUGCCAGGUUGAGAGUUUGAUACCCUUCACUCUGCGCUUCAGUAGAGAUGGAAGACAGCUUGGAGUGGACCAACUCUUCAGCGAGUCUGAUGGUGCAUCAUGGGAAAUUGGCCAGGUAACUCUGAAGGAUGAAGGCUACUAUGAAUGCAUUGCAAUCAGCAGUGCUGGAACGGGACGAGCUCGCACCUUCCUGGAUGUAUCAGAGCCUCCUCCAGCCAUCACAGUCCAGGGUAACGUCACCGUCUCCCCCGGCUCACGCGCUGUCCUCACCUGCCACGUUGUUAGCACUGUCAACUUCAACAUCACCUGGCUGCGAGGAGGCCAGGACGCCCGCCUCGAUCCCCGGGUAAACAUCCUGGGCAACCUUUCGCUGCAGGUUUCCGCUGUAACCCCGGAUCAUUCUGGCUGGUUCGAGUGCAUUGCUGCAAAUGAAGGAGGCGCAACUGCAGACCGGAUCUAUGUCACUGUGCAAGAGGUACCACGGGUCUCAGUGGAGCCGCGGAAUCAGACCUUUAUGAUGGGUGAUGAUGUGAGGAUCAGGUGCUUGGCCAGCGGUUUUCCUCAACCCAGCCGAGUUUGGACCCACAAUGACAUGUUCAUCAUGGCAUCCAGCAGACACAGGAUGACUCCUGACGGCACUUUGGUCAUAAGAAACAUGGAGAGGAAGGAUGAAGGAGUAUAUGGCUGCUUGGCCAGCAACCAAGCUGGUACUGACACAAUGACUUCCACCCUCACAUAUCUUGAAUCUCCUGUUGUGACAGUGGCAUUAAGUGAGAUUCUCAGUGCCAUUGGAGAAACCACCACGAUGGCCUGUUCAGCAUCUGGAGUCCCUCAGCCUGAGAUCUGGUGGUACAAAGGUAAUGUUCAGCUGCAUUCCUCAUCCCUGGUGGAGGUGGACAGAUUGGGAGGGACACUCAUCAUUAAGCAAACCCAGAUUAGUGAUGCUGGAGAUUACACUUGUGUGGCUGUCAACGCUGCUGGCACGUCAUCAGGGAAGAUCUUUCUUGAUGUUGGAGCUGCACCCAAAUUCACUCACAAGCCGUCAGAUGUGGCCAUGGACAUCAGCUCCAAUGUGACCCUGACAUGUCAUGUCCAAGGACAUCCUGAGCCACAAGUCACUUGGAAGAGAGAAGAUGGCUCCCUACUUUUUAAUAGACCACGCAUACAUGGCAGUAUAUCCCAGAGGAGGGGAGAACUGCAUAUCAUUAAUCUGUGGGUCGAGGAUGAGGGAGUGUAUGUCUGUGAGGCUCAAAACCACUUUGGGAAGAUCAAAACCCAGGCCAGAAUCACUGUGACUGGACUUGUUUCACCUGUCAUUGCGAUGAGUCCAGCUGUGCUCAGUGUAACUGAGGAUCAGCAGGUAACUCUUCCCUGUGUGCUGCUGGCUGGAAAUCCACUGCCUGAAAGACAGUGGCUACACAACUAUGGCCUGGUGGCCUCAGACCAGUAUGUAACAGUGAGGAGGGACGGCAGUCUACAUAUUGAGAGAGUUCGGCUGGAUGAUGCAGGCGACUACAUGUGUUUGGCUGAGAAUGUUGUCGGGGCCACCAACCAAACAACUACUGUCAAUGUCCACGUUAUUCCUACUAUUCAGUAUGGCCCGCAGGUAUUUAGCACUAUUGAAGGAACACCCAUAUCUCUGCCAUGCCGUGCCAGUGGUGUACCAAGUCCUGACAUCACUUGGACCAAGGGUGGAGAGCUGCUGAGCAUGGGUGGUCCAGCUUUCGCUCUGGAUUCUGAUGGCAGCCUCGUCAUCACUUCUCCUUCUGGAAAUGAAACUGGAGAAUUUAUCUGCACAGCUACCAAUGCUGCUGGCUAUGCAUCCAGAAAGGUCCAGCUCACAGUCUAUGUGCGACCUAGGCCCAGUGCUGGUGGUCCUGCUGGAGGCUCAGCAGAACCAGUGAGGAUGACAGUGAUUGAAGGGGAAGAUGCUGUUUUGCCUUGUGAUGUCCACAGUAUCCCACCUCCAACCAUCAGCUGGGCAAAAGAGAAGCAGCUCAUCUCUCCUUACUCACCCAGACAUACCCAGCUACCAUCUGGGUCUAUGAAGAUCUUGGAGACCAGAGUGUCAGACAGUGGGCUUUAUAUUUGUGUUGCCUCCAAUAUUGCUGGUAACCUGACAUUAUCUACGAAGCUGAGUGUUUUGGUACCUCCUAAAAUUCAAGCUGGCCCAAGAGUAAUGAAGGUACAGGUGGGCCACCCUGUGGAGCUGUCCUGUGUGGUGAGAGGUGUCCCAGAGCCGACACUCACCUGGACUAAGGAAGGUAAAAGUUACCCGGUGUUACCUGGUGGUAGCCUGACACUGAAGAACGUGGGGCUGAAAGAUGAAGGAACGUACACCUGCACAGCCACGAAUCCAGCAGGCAGGGAUGAGGCUCAAGUUAAGCUUGUCGUUCAAGUUCCCCCUGUUGUUGAAGUACUGGAGCCCCCCUUCAACAGCCCCCUGCAAGAAAGAGUUGCUAACCAACGAAUUGCUUUCCCUUGUCCUGCCAAAGGUUUUCCUAAGCCAGUAAUUCGUUGGUUGCGUAAUGGCCAGGAACUUACAGGGAAUGAACCUGGUGUGUCAAUCCUGGAGGAUGGUACACUGCUGAUUCUUGCCUCAGUCUCACCUCUGGAUAAUGGGGAGUAUGUUUGCACUGCUGCCAAUGAUGCCGGGUCUACGGAAAAAAAGUACCAGCUUAAAGUUAAUGUGCCUCCAGAUUUCCGUGACAGUGAUAUCCCAACCAACCUGUCAGUGGUCCUGAACCAGCCCACCAGCUUGGUGUGUGAUGUCACAGGAAGUCCAACCCCUGUCAUCACUUGGUACAAGGAUGGGACUCCUGUAGUUGCCAGUAACAGCAUCCAAGUUUUUGACAUGGGAAAAACCUUGAAACUACUGAAGGCAGAAACAGCGGAUGCAGGCAGCUACAGCUGUAAGGCCAUCAACAUUGCAGGCAGCACUGAAAAAGAUUUUUUCCUGGAUGUACUGGUCCCACCGACAAUUGUAGGUUCUGGUUCUCCUCAAGAUGUUUCAGCAACUCUCAAACAAGAGGUCACUCUUGAGUGCAAAGCGCAAGGGUCCCCCUUUCCAACAAUCCAGUGGUACAAGGACAGAAAGCUUGUGUUUCUGGGUGAUCCUAAUCUAGAGGUCACCAACCGGGGUCAGGUGUUGAAGAUAAAAAGUGCCCGUCUCGGAGACCAGGCUCGGUACCAGUGUAGUGUCAUGAAUGCAGCUGGAAAACAGUCCAAGGAUUUCAAUCUUAGGGUCUAUGUGCCCCCGUCUAUCAAGGGAGGCAACUUAACCACAGAGGUGACUGCACUGGUGGACACAGUGGUAACACUGGAGUGCGAGGCACGUGGAGUGCCAUUCCCCACCAUCACCUGGUACCGAAAAGGAGAGGCCAUCCUGUCCAACCGACAGGCUCAGUAUGUAGAACGAGGCCACUAUCUAAAGAUCCCACAGGUCCAGGCAUCUGAUGCUGGUCAGUACAUCUGCAAGGUGACCAGUGUGGCCGGGAGGGCAGAGAAGAGCUAUGAGCUGGACAUCUACUUGCCUCCUACCAUUGUAGGGGGGGAUGAUGAGCCCACUGAGAGGAAAGUGGUCCUCACUAAACCUCUGAUCCUAGAAUGUGAGGCGGAAGGACACCCUCCACCCUCCCUCACCUGGCUGAAAGAUGGAGUGCCUGUACGUGAUGGAGAAAGUGUUCGUGUGCUUGAGCAAGGCAGAAAAAUAGAAAUCUUGUCAGCCACCGUCUCAGACUCAGGACGCUACAUCUGUGUGGCCACGAGCAUUGCAGGAGAGAAGGAAGUCAAAUAUGAUGUUAGAGUUUUAGUUCCUCCUUUCAUCGAUGGUGCGGAGGAUGUAACAGACAGCACAGUUAUCAUCAACAGCCCUUUGGAGCUGGAGUGUGACGCCACCGGAACACCUGCACCAGUCAUCAAGUGGUAUAAAGAUGGAAAACCAGUCAGACAGGGUGAAGGGUUGAAGAUUGCAGCCAGCGGCCGACAGCUGAUUGUUUCCCGUGCUCAGAUCUCUGAUACAGCUCGCUUCCAGUGUGUAGCCACCAAUGAGGCAGGAGACCACAAACGGGACUUUAAUGUGGUAAUACAAGUUCCUCCAUCCAUCCGUACGACUGGGCCUGCAGAGCGUUCUGUAGUUCUUGGCAAGUCCAUCAGUUUGGAGUGCAUCUCCAGUGGCAUCCCUCCACCCAGUAUUACCUGGCUCAAAAAUGGCCGACCAAUGGACACAACUAAGGAGCACCUUAAGCUGCAGUCAGCAGGCAGAACUCUCAGGAUCACAGAGGCCAGACUGGAGGAUUCUGGGAGAUAUACCUGCUUGGCCACCAAUGCAGCCGGUGAAGCACAACAACACAUUCGACUCAGUGUCCAUGAGCCUCCAAGAAUCUCCCUCUCAGGAGAGAUUAUAAACCAGACUAUUCUGUCAGGCUUUUCCACUGAGCUUGAAUGCAAGGCCACAGGCAGCCCAUUACCUGCGAUCACUUGGUACAAAGAUGGCCGACCUCUGACCGGUGCAGCUGGUGUUUCGAUGCUGAAACGUGGCCAGGUGCUGGAGAUUGAGCGGGCACAGCUGUCCGAUGCUGGAAUGUACAAAUGUGUAGCUGUCAACUUGGCUGGAGCUGCAGAAAUAUUUUACAGCCUGCAAGUGUUUGUGCCUCCGAUCAUCUCCAGCCGAGGUGGUACAGUAACAGUUGUGGUGAAUGAAGUCGCCAGGCUGGAAUGUGAGGUCACCGGUGUUCCCACGCCCAGUCUCACAUGGCUAAAAGACGGCAGCCCUGUGGCAAGUGUUUCACAUGGCAUACAGGUGUUGUCUGGUGGCAGAGUGUUGUCGCUAAACAGUGCACAGGUUAGUGAUGCCGGUAAAUAUACCUGUGUGGCGGUAAACGCUGGAGGAGAACAGCAAAAAGAGUACGACCUCAACGUUUAUGUGCCACCUAACAUAAAGGGGGAGGAGGUUAAUGCUACAGUGAUGCUUGGACAUCCAGUGGAGCUUCACUGCCAGAGUGAUGCCAUCCCUCCACCUACACUCUUCUGGCGAAAAGACGGCCGUCAGCUCUUUAGGAAACCUGGUCUCACUGUCUCUGUAGAUGGGAGUUUACUCAAGGUUUAUAGUGCUCAAGUGCAGGAUGCUGGCAGAUAUACAUGUGAAGCCAUCAAUGUUGCUGGAAAAACCGAGAAGAACUAUAACCUCAACGUCUGGGUUUCUCCCAGUAUCCGCGGUUCAGAGGAGGUGUCUCCUCUGACGGUGAUAGAAGGAAGUCUCAUCACUCUGGUGUGUGAGUCAAGUGGCAUACCACCGCCCAACCUGACAUGGAGGAAGGAUGGUUCUGAACUUAAAUCAGACCAGCGGCUGAAGAUUUUAUCAGGAGGCCGUCAGCUGCAGAUUUCCGGUGCUGAGAGGACGGAUACGGCAUCUUACACCUGCACAGCCUCCAGCGCAUCUGGAACAACCUCCAAGGAGUACAGCCUGCAGGUUUACCUUCGCCCCUCCAUCAGACGCAGUGAAGGUGACACUGAUGAUGUCACUGUGACAAAGGGGAGCGAUGUGACCCUUCAGUGUGCUGCAGAGGGUGUGCCAAGACCAGCGAUCACAUGGCUGAAGGAUGGACGACCCAUUACAGACCAUCAUGAUGCAAAGAUCCUAAAUGAGGGGAGGUUGUUGCAGAUUAAAGAUGCUAAGGUGUCAGACACAGGACGAUACACUUGCAUUGCUGUUAAUGUGGCAGGACAGGCAGACAGCAAGUAUGACAUCAGUGUGCAUGUCCCACCUAGUAUAAUUGGUCAGGUGCAGUUUCCAGAAAAUGUGAGUGUUGUGGUGAAGAACCCAGUUGCCCUGAGCUGCGAGGCUUCUGGUGUCCCUCUUCCUGCCAUCUCCUGGCUGAAGGAGGGUCAGCCUGUUAAGGCAACUAGUACAGUGCGCAUCCUCUCAGGUGGGCGCAGUCUCCGUCUAAUGCAUGCUGCAGUAGAGGAUGCUGGGAGGUACACUUGCAUCGUUUCUAACAGUGCUGGGGAAGAAAGAAAGAACUUUGACCUCGACAUCCUCGUUCCACCAAGUAUUGUGGGAGAGGGAACGGUUGUGGACACUAAAAUAAAGGAGAAACACAACAUCACUCUCACCUGUGAAGCAUCAGGUAACCCUGUACCAGAGAUUAAAUGGCUAAAGGAUGGACAACUGUUGUUACCUGACAGGCGCCACCAAGUGCUGUCUCAUGGUCGCUUUCUCCAAAUCUCUGAGGCCCAAGUUGCAGACACCGGCAGGUACAGCUGCCUAGCAUCCAACAGCGCAGGAGAUCGCAACAGGCAUUUCAACCUCAAUGUUCUGGUUUCUCCCACCAUUGCUGGGUCAGGCCCUGACAUUUCUCCUGAGGAAGUUACCGUUACCCUGAGCAGCCCCACUUCACUGGUAUGUGAAGUCCAGUCUUAUCCUCCUGCGCUGAUCAUCUGGCUCAAGGACGGCACUCCAUUCGAAUCCACUCGCAAUGUCCGAGUCCUUCCAGGUGGGCGAACGCUGCAGAUUCUCAAUGCUAAAGAGGAAGACGCUGGAAGGUACACCUGUGUGGCUACAAAUGAAGCUGGAGAAACCUUAAAGCACUAUGAAGUCAAGGUUUAUGUUCCACCACAGAUCAAUAAGAAUGACAUUCCUGGAGAGGGACUGGCCCCUAAAGAGGUCAAAAUUAAGAUCAACAGCACACUGACUCUGGAGUGUGUAGCUCAGGCGUUUCCCACCCCAGCUUUGCAGUGGUAUAAAGACGGACAGAUCCUACGGACAGAUGAUCAUGUGUCCAUUACAGCCAAUGGCCGUAUUGUUCAGAUCAAACACGCUCAGGUGUCGGACACAGGCCGCUACACCUGCGUUGCCACUAAUAUAGCUGGAGAGGAUGAGAAGGACUUUGAUGUAAAUAUACAAGUUCCCCCUCAUUUCAAUAGACCUGGUGGAGUUGGGGAUACAACAUCAGCCUUUGGUUUCGGAGGGGAUGCUCGGGAUGUGAUUCUUAACAAUCCCAUCUCUCUGUAUUGUGAAACAAAUGCUGUACCCCCUCCAACACUCACCUGGUACAAAGAUGGACAACUACUAACUUCCACUGACAAAGUUUUGAUCCUACCAGGUGGGCGAGUAUUACAGAUCCCCAGGGCCCAGAUUGAAGACUCCGGCAGAUACACUUGUGUGGCCAUCAAUGAAGCAGGGGAAGACUCCAUUCAGUAUGAUGUUAGAGUGUUAUUGCCUCCAACCAUACGUGGAACAGUAAGCGACACGCCUGAUGAAAUCACCGUCCUGGUCAACAAAACUACCCAGCUAGAGUGUCAUGUGGAUGGAAAUCCCACACCCAAGAUCACCUGGUUUAAGGACAGUCAGACGAUCAGCUCUCAGGGUUCUCAUUUAAUUUUGUCCAAUGGGCGAACACUUAAGGUGUUGACUGCUCAGGUGUCUGACACAGGCCGUUAUGUGUGUGUGGCUGACAAUGUGGCUGGAAGCGCAGAAAAACACUUUAAUCUUAACGUUCAUGUCCCUCCCACCAUUAUCGGUAUGAGUCCCAACAAUGUGACAGUGGUGGUGAACAACUUCGUGUCUCUUUCUUGUGAAGCUAUUGGCUUCCCUCCUCCCACACUGAGCUGGCUAAAUGACAGGGGCCCUAUUCAGGCCAACUCUAAUGCCCUCAUCAUGCCAGGUGGUCGUACUUUACAGAUUCUUAAAGCAAAGGUAUCUGAUGGGGGAAAGUACAUUUGUGUGGCCAUGAAUGCAGCAGGAGAAGCUUACAAACACAUUUAUGUCACUGUGUUUGUUCCCCCCAGUAUCCGGGGCAGUAACAGAGACUCUCCCGUGGUGGUUAGUGUGCUUGUUGGUAAAUCAGUAACUCUGGAGUGUGAAUCCAACGCCAUCCCUCCUCCUACCAUCACCUGGUACAAGAACGGCAGGGUGGUGGCAGAAACAGCCAACCUAAAUAUUCUGGCAGAGGGACGGAUCCUUGAGAUCAGAGGCUCAGAGGUGUCUGAUACAGGACAGUAUGUUUGCAUGGCCACCAACGUUGCUGGACAAGUAGACAAGAACUUCCACUUGAACAUCCAUGUUCCUCCUAGUAUUGAUGGUCCAGCAGAAGAGAGUGUUGUGGAAACCAUCAGUAAUCCAGUUUCUUUUGCCUGUGAUGCUACUGGAAUCCCUCCACCCAGUCUCACUUGGUUAAAAAAUGGACACCCCAUAGAGAACUCAGACUCUCUGGAGAUGCACAUCUUCUCAGGGGGAAGUAAACUACAGAUUGCACGUUUGCACCUUUCUGAUAGUGGCACAUACACGUGUUUGGCCUCUAACAUUGAGGGCAAAGCACGAAAGAGCUACCACCUCACUAUACAAGUCCCUCCUCGUAUCUCUGGAUCAGAGAUGCCCAGUGAGAUGGGAGUCCUGGUAAAUGACAGCAUCCAGUUUAUCUGUCAAGCUCAGGGAACCCCUACUCCAGUCAUCCAAUGGUUGAAGGAUGGGGAAGCCAUCAAGAGUAUGGGAACCAAAGGGCUCAGUCCAGAUGGCAGCAUACUCACAGUGACCCAAGCUAACCCUGAAGACAGCGGAAAAUACACCUGUGUGGCCACCAACACUGCCGGAGAGGAGGACAGGAUAUUUAAUCUGAAUGUAUAUGUUCCCCCUGCAAUACUUGGAAACAAUGAGGCUGUUGAGGAUCUGAUCACAGUUGUGGACAGUUCUGUCAAUAUAGAGUGUGUUGCUACCGGGUCUCCUUUGCCGCAGCUAAACUGGCUGAGAAAUGGCCUACCUCUGCCGGUGUCCUCCCACAUUCGACUUCUUUCUGCUGGACAGAUGCUCCGGAUUACACGAAUCCAGGUGUCUGAUGGUGGAAGCUACACCUGCGUUGCAUCAAACAGGGCAGGAGUGGACAACAGACAUUAUAACCUACAGGUGCAUGUUCCUCCUGGUUUGGAUGGUGCAGGAAGCACAGAGGAUGUGACUGUGGUCAAAGGAAGCUUAGCUUCUUUGCUGUGUACUGCUGAUGGGACCCCAGCCCCUGUCAUUUCAUGGCUCAAAGAUGGAGUGGUUCUAGUCCCUGACCACCAUGUCUCUCUCCUCAAACUGAAUACCACCUUACAGAUUAGCCAGGCCCAGGUUAAAGAUACAGGGCGCUACACCUGUGUGGCUAACAACACUGCUGGUCAAGCUAGCCGCCACUUUAGUCUGAAAGUUCUAGAUCCUCCACACAUUGAAGGCUCUGGAGAAACAUUAGAAGUAACUGUGGUUGUUAACAAUGUCCUGGAGCUCCAGUGUGAGGCUACAGGCAUUCCUUCACCCUCUUUGACCUGGCUAAAGGAUGGACGCCCACUCCCACAGACAGACAGUUUGCGUCUCCUCCGUGGAGGAGAGGUACUCCGUGUGGCCUCAGCACAGUUGGAGGACACAGGCAGGUACAGCUGCUUAGCCAACAGUCCAGCAGGAGAUGAUGACAAAGAGUUCCUUGUUCGAGUGCAUGUUCCACCAAACAUUGCAGGAGAAAGCACACCUCAAGAUGUGUCAGUCCUGCAAAACAGACAGGUGACCCUGGAGUGCAAGUCUGAUGCUGUUCCACCUCCAACUCUAACAUGGCUCAAAGAUGGCAAACCACUUCAGGCCUCUGCUCGGGUUCGUGUCUUGUCUUCUGGACGUUACUUACAGAUCAACAUGGCAGAGCUCAGCGACAGAGCUCAGUACACCUGUGUGGCAAGUAACAUCGCUGGCAAGACAACGCGACAGUUUAACCUGACUGUCAACGUGGCCCCUACUAUCAAGGAUGGUCCUCAGAUGGUGUCAGUGCAUGUUGACAAGCCAGUUGUGCUUGAAUGCAUAGUCAGUGGCGUGCCACCACCCCAGGUGACCUGGAGGAAAAAUGGCGUAAUAUUGGCAGGAAGCAACCACAGGUACACAUUUGUAGAGGAUGGGUCUUUACACAUCCACUUAGCUCAGGUGACCGAUACCGGUCGCUACCUGUGCAUGGCAACAAAUCCGGCUGGGACACAGCGCAAAAGAGUGGAUCUGCAAGUAUAUGUGCCUCCUUCCAUCGCUGACAGUCGCACCAAUGUGACUGUUAUCGUCAACGUGCAGACCACCUUAUCUUGUGAAGCCACCGGCAUUCCCAAACCCUCUGUCAGCUGGCAGAAAAAUGGUCGAACCAUCAAUACUGACCAGAAUCAGAAUAUGUACAGAUUGCUAUCAUCAGGCUCUCUGGUCAUUAUAGCACCAACAGUAGAAGACACUGCAGUGUACAGAUGUGUGGUCUCUAAUGAAGCAGGGGAGAACUCGAAAUCUGUCAACCUCACUGUCAUCGUUCCUCCAUCAAUAGCUGAUGAAUCCACUGAGCUGGUUGUAACCAGACUGACCCCGGUGGUCAUUGCUUGUACUGCAUCUGGUGUCCCACAGCCUACAAUCCACUGGAGCAAAGAUGGUGUGAAGCUUCCCAAGAUGGGGCAGGGGUACAGCAUCCUGCCAACAGGUCCAGUAGAGAUCCCGUCAGCUGAGCUCAAUCAUGCUGGACGCUACUCAUGCAGAGCCACGAAUAGCGCAGGCUCCACUCACCGCCACGUGCAGCUUACAGUGCAAGAACUCCCAGUGAUCCAGUCACAUCCAUCCACACUGGAUGUGAUCAUUAAUAGCCCCAUCACUCUGCCCUGCAGAGCCACAGGUUCACCCAGACCCACCAUUACCUGGCAGAAGGAGGGCAUCAACAUACUCACCACGGGUGGUGUUUUCACAAUACUCCCUAAUGGAAGUCUGCAGAUAUCCAAGGCAUCUUUGUCAGACUCUGGGACGUACAUUUGUGUAGCUCAAAACCCUGCUGGCACUGCACUGGGCAAGACCAAACUCAGAGUGCAAGUUCCUCCAGUGAUCCGUUCAGAGAUGCAGGAAUACGUGGCCUCUGUGGACUCCUCUGUGACACUGCAGUGCCAAGCUGAGAGCUACCCUCCGCCUUCUGUCACAUGGCACAAAGACGGGCAGCUGCUGAGUGACUCCAUACGCCUGCGGGUGCUCAGCUCUGGAUCUCUGCAGAUUGCCUUCAUUCAGCCCAGUGAUGCUGGAAGAUACACUUGCACUGCUGCCAAUGCAGCAGGCACCAUGAGCUUGGAAAUGAGCCUCACUGUACAGAUUCCUCCUUCCAUUCGUGGUGGAGAGCAAGAGGUUGUGGCAGUGGAGAACAGUCAUGUGCAGCUGGUGUGUGUGGCAGAGGGCAUCCCACAGCCCACACUGUCCUGGGAAAAAGAUGGUACUCCUCUCAGUGAAAGUAUGGGGGAGUAUACAAUCCUGCCAUCUGGGGAGCUGGUUAUUGACAGUGCUCAGCCUGAUGACGCCGGUAGUUAUACCUGUGUUGCUGUUAAUUCAGUCGGGCAGGACAGUCGGACGGUGACGCUGUUGGUUCAUACUCACCCUGUUUUCACUGAGCUGCUUGGAGAUGUGGCGCUCAACAAGGGGGAGCAGCUCAUGCUGACCUGUGGUGUCAGUGGCAUACCUUUACCCAGAAUUACAUGGGCCUUCAACAACAACAUCAUCCCAGUUCACUACGAUCAUGUGAACGGCCACAGUGAACUGAUGAUAGAGAGAGUGAGCAAAGACGACUCCGGUACCUACACCUGUGUGGCAGAAAACAGCGUGGGAACCAUUAAGUCUCUGGGCUUUGUCUAUGUUAAAGAGCCUCCCAUCAUCGAUGGGGACAUUCAUGCCAACCGAAUUGAACCUCUGGGUGGCAAUGCCAUCCUGAACUGUGAGGUGCGAGGUGACCCACUGCCAACCAUCCAGUGGAGCAAAAAUGGAAUAAACAUUCAGAUCAGUAACCGAAUCCGUCAACUAGACAACGGUUCUCUGGCCAUCUAUGGCACAGUGAGUGAAGAUGCUGGCAGCUACAUGUGUGUAGCAACAAAUGAUGCUGGUGUGGUGGAGAGAAGUGUCACCCUCACUCUGCAGAGUGCACCCACUAUCAUUGUAGAGCCAGUGGGAACAGUGGUGGAUGCAGGCACCACAGUUGUGCUAAACUGUCAGGCAGAGGGUGAGCCUAAACCUAUGAUAGAAUGGUCCCAUCAAGGACGCCCCCUGCUGGUGAACGAGCGUUUCUCUACUUUGUCCAACGGUUCCCUGAGGAUCAGUAGUGCCCAGAAGGAGGACACAGCUGAAUAUGAGUGUGUGGCCAGAAACAUGCUUGGAUCAGUGUUGGUUAGAGUCGGUCUUACUGUACGAGUCCAUGGGGGCUACUCUGAGUGGGCAGAGUGGGGCCCUUGCAGUGUAUCCUGUGGUGCGGGUGUCCAGAAGAGGCUGAGGGAAUGUAACAAUCCUUUACCUGCAAACGGGGGCCGUCACUGUGCAGGAUCAGAUAUGGAAACACGUGGUUGUCAUGGAAAACCAUGUCCAGUGGAUGGUAACUGGUCAGAAUGGUCCUCUUGGGAGGAGUGUUCACGAACCUGUGGUCAGGGCAACAGAACCAGGGUCCGGACAUGUAGUAACCCUCCAGCUCAGAAUGGAGGGAGACCAUGUGAAGGAAAGGCAGUGGAAGUCCUCAUGUGCAGUGUCAGACCUUGUCCAGUGGCAGGUAACUGGGGAUCUUGGUUACCAUGGAGCCCAUGCAGUGAGAACUGCGGAAAGGGCAUGCAGUCCAGAAUCCGGCUGUGCAACAGCCCCCCACCAGCAUUUGAUGGGCUGCGUUGUGAGGGCACAGACACCCAAUCGCAAGUGUGCAGGGAGAAACCUUGUCCUGUGGAUGGAAAGUGGUCAUCGUGGAUGAGCUGGGGAGCCUGCAGUGUUUCCUGUGGAGGUGGUACCAGACAGCGAACACGCCUCUGUGCUAGCCCCGCCCCUCAGCAUGGUGGCAGGAAGUGUGAGGGCAAUGACGCUCUUAUAGAUUUCUGUAACAGUGACCCCUGUCCCAUCAACGGUAACUGGGGUCCAUGGAGCAGCUGGGGCAGCUGCAGCAAGACGUGUAACGGAGGUCAAAUGAGGCGCUACAGGACUUGUGACAACCCCAGACCUGCUUUUGGUGGGAGAGCUUGCGCAGGUGCUGAUACACAAAUCCAAAGAUGCAGCACAGCCAACUGCCCAGUUGAUGGUAACUGGGGCUUAUGGCAGCCAUGGGGAGAAUGCUCUGCUUCCUGUGGAGGUGGCGAAAAGACACGUAUUCGACUCUGUAACAACCCAUCUCCAAGUAACGGUGGUCGAGCAUGUCCAGGAGACUCCACUCAACUGUCCAGGUGUAACACUCAGGCGUGCCCAGGUGGGCCACUAAAGGCUAGAGGAAGCAUCAUAGGAAACAUCAAUGAUAUUGAGUUUGGUGUUUCCAUCCUGAACGCCACCAUCACCAAGACCAAGUUUGGCAACAGACUCAUCAAAGCCACUAUAUCUAACGUACCAAGAACACUUGGUCCUGCAAUGACAAAGCUCAUCUCAAUCCUGAACCCCAUCUACUGGACCACUGCACAGGAAGUAGGAGAGGCUGUCAAUGGUUACACACUGACAGGGGGUAUCUUCAGACGUGAGACGCAGGUGGAGUUUGCUACAGGUGAAAUCUUGAGGAUGGCCCACAUUGCCAGGGGUCUGGACUCUGAUGGAACACUGCUACUUGACAUUGUAGUUAAUGGUCACAUCUUACAGCUACCUUCACACGCUGACAUCAGUAUCAAGGACUACUCUGAGGAUUAUAUCCAAACAGGUCCUGGCCAGCUGUACGCUCUGUCCACUCGCAUGUUCACCAUUGAUGAAGAGACUGUUCCUUACUCCUGGAACCAUACCAUCACCUAUGAUCCUGCCAAAGGAAAGAUGCCCUACCUGGUAGAAACACUCCAUGCCACAGCCAUCACUGCUCACUACAAUCCACUUGAGGAAGUGCUGGAAUAUAGCAUCCAAGCUAGCAUCGCCAAGGGUGAUCGCAGCAACCAGUGUCCUCAUGGUUUUACUUUGGUGGCUGCUGGGCCUUACUGUGCAGAUGAGAAUGAAUGUGAGGUUGGGAAUCCCUGUUCUCAUACCUGCCACAAUGCAAUGGGAACCUAUUACUGCUCCUGUCCAAUAGGCCUCACCAUCUCAGCUGAUGGGAGAACUUGCCAGGACAUCGAUGAGUGUUCCCUGAUUGGGAAUGUGUGCCACAGUGGACAAGACUGUGAGAACACCAUCGGCUCUUACAGAUGUGUCAAGCACUGUGGGCGGGGUUUCAGGAGAACAGCCGAUGGCCUCAGCUGCACAGAUGUGAACGAGUGUCAGGAGUCAAACCUAUGUAAUCAGCUCUGUUUGAAUACCAUUGGUAGUUAUCGAUGUGCCUGUGAGCCAGGCUUUCAACUCAGAAACAGACGGUGCAUUGAUAUAAACGAGUGCAGGCAGAGGGUUUGCCGCUCUGAUCAGCAGUGUAAAAACACACGGGGAGGUUACACCUGUAUUGACCUCUGCCCCAAUGGUAUGACCAAAGGUGGGAAUGGAACAUGUGUGGACAUCGACGAAUGCAGAGAUGGCACUCAUCAGUGCAGAUACAAUCAGAUCUGUGAGAAUACCAGAGGCAGCUACCACUGCUCCUGUCCACGUGGAUUUAGAUCACAGGGAGUUGGACAGCCCUGUGUCGACAUAAAUGAGUGUGAGCGGCUUCCACAGCCCUGCGCCCACCAGUGCAUCAACACUCCUGGCAGCUUCAAGUGCACCUGCCCACCAGGGCGCCACCUGCUGGGGGAUGGCAAGUCCUGCGUUGGGCUGGAGAGGCUGCCAAGCUAUGAAAGUUACUCAUACAGCUACCGCACGUCUCAGUCUUCCCCGGAGCGCAGCUCCAACCAUCAGCUCUACCACAACCUGGCCUCUCAGAGCUACCACUCCUACACAGCCACCAGAGGCGGGCGCUCCAGGAGCCGUAGCCGCAGAGAGACUCGCAAACACUCCUCACAACAGGGUGUCCUCACUUGUCAGCAGGGGUUUGAGCCCAGGGGUGGUCGCUGCUUAGACAUCAAUGAAUGUGACGUGAGAGACACCUGCCAGCAUGAGUGCAUGAACACACCAGGAAGCCACAGAUGUCUCUGUCCUGCCGGAUACCGCCUAAUGGCUAAUGGCAAGACCUGUCAAGACAUAGAUGAGUGUCUGGAGCAGAACAUCCAAUGUGGAGCAAAUCGGAUGUGUUUCAACAUGAGAGGAAGUUACCAGUGCAUUGACACACCCUGUCCACCAAACUACCAUAGGGAUCCAGCCACAGGGUUCUGCCUGAAGGACUGCCCAGCAAAUGACCUGGAAUGUGCACUGAGCCCUUAUGCGCUGGAGUACAAGCUACUGUCACUUCCCUUUGGCAUUGCAGCCAACCAGGAUCUCAUCCGGUUAGUGGCCUACACUCAAGACGGUGUGAUGCAUCCCAGAACCACCUUCCAAGUGGUGGAUGAGGAUGUCACGUUACCAUUCGCCCUGCGAGAUGAAAACAUGAAAGGGGUUCUGUUCACCACAAGGCCACUACGAGAACCCCACACAUAUAGGAUGAAAGUCCGAGCUCUCUCCUAUAGCGAGGAUGGAGGCAUUGAGUACCAGACGACCUUCAUUGUCUACAUUGCCGUCUCUGCCUACCCCUACUGAAAGCACUUUAAAUUAUGUGAGACAAAGGUGGGAUAGUGAACUGCGUCCUCCAUUUGUGGCACCACAUGGUGAGAGUGAGUGGGUGUGGUUUUGGACAAGUAACCACAUCAUUAUACAGACUGAAAGAAAGUCUUGUGUUGAGUGGGGGGUGGUGGAGUGUGCACACCGCUCUGAAGACAUUUGGAAGUAGAAUUAAAGAAUAUGAAAGAGGCUGCUAAAAGAAACUCGGAUAAAGCUGAGUGUUUUUGGUUUUAAUUCCUCACAUUGAACACAUGUCAGUUUGUCAGGAUUCUGUGAUUCAGUUCUUGACAUUUUGACUUGUUAAUUUCCCUUGAAAUUUAUUUAUAAGAUCAGUGAUUUAAUUCCUCAAAGCAGAAACUCCUCUCAGUUGCUCAGUAAUUAGUUUUAAGCUUUCCCUAAACUCAUCAUGUAUUUCCAUCUACCUAUUAUUAACUUAUUGGAAAGUGCUUGAACAGGAAAAAUGGGCAGCUCCUGCCUUUGUUUAAUCUUAUCAGUCACUACAGUGGAGAUGUAACCGGUGCUGAUAUUUGUAAUUGAACACUGCCACGUAUACCGACUGCAUCCUCAGGUUGUGGCCCAUCAUGCAGAAGUGCCUCAGAUAGGAUCCCCAUCAGCUAUCAGUCUGAUUGUUUUGUCAGUGUAACGCUAUAAUUCUCCAUCCAGUAGUUGAUAUCAAGAUGUAUUUUAUUUUUAUGUCCUGUACAUAAGUGUUUUUCUUAUAUUGUACUUAUUGUAUCCAUUUUGUAAUAAAUAUAAAAUGAUGUAUAUCUGCAGCACUCCUGCAGCCUUUGUCAUAAAUAAGCUCCCAUCACAUCUGUGCUUGAAACUUAUGUGAAUUAAAUUUGGGUGUCCAUCAAAAAGCAGUAUGUGGAAUUUAGUGACACCUAGUGGUCAAGUUGCAGAUUGCAUCGUUUUGUUUUUUUGUCAGUGGAUUGUACAAAGGGGAUAUAACGGCUCAUUUUUAGAGUAAACAAAAGGGUCUUAUUAGAGAUGCAUGCUCUUUUCACAUAGGUUGAUAUAAUUUCUUGAAAUCUUAAGAAAAAACAAGUGAUGUGCGUUUUCAAUCAUGUUUUACGUCUGUUCAUACCAGCUAGUUUUAAGGGUUGGUGCAAGUGCCUCAACUCCACUCCAUACUUUUAUACGUUUUGGAUAAAAAUUACAAUCAGUAAACUUUUAGGUACAUUAUUAGUGUAUGAGAGCACAUAGUACCAAACCUGUGAGCUCACAUUAGUACACACAACAUACUUGACUGACAAGAUACUGAGAUUUUUCUCUUUAAGGCAACAUUUUGUUUUAGGCCUGUGAGGAAGGAUCCAUGACCCAUGUAAUCAGUAUAAGAAAAACUGUCAUAUUUGAUCAAAUUUAGCAGCUUUAAAGCUUUUAA